GAGCUCACACACACACACUCACACACUCUCUCCAGGUCUGUCCUCUCCUCUCUCGGGACACACGGGGGCGGGGCCAGCCUGCCUGGGUCUGAGGGCAGCUCUCUGCGGACUCACAGCGCCCGGAGCCGGAGGAGACUCACACACACGCCAGCCCCGCUCCGAGGUUUACUGCUACGAACUCAAAAACAAUUUGACGAUUGACUCAGUUACGUCCGGAGAUCUUGAAGUCUCUCGCCGCACCUUCACAGGAGCCGCCCGUGCACACCUGUCCCGUCCCGGGCUGACCGCAGUCUGCAGCUCUCCGGCUCCCUCUGCUGGCCUGCUGGGGGACAGCUCGUUAAACUCCCGAGUCUGCGCGCAUGGAGGGGGCAGUGGUCAUAGCGGAGGGCGUGGCUGAGCCAGCCAAUCACAGCCCUCAGCCGCCGGAGAAGAUGCUCCUCCUCCAGGACAAGAAUCCAUGGAAACCAUGGCCCCGUGCCAGGAGCAGGGUCACAGGGUGUCUGCGCUGGGCUCAGGCUGUGCUGGGGGUGCCGAAGCUGCUGGACUGGUACUGCCUGUGUGCGCUGGGGGUCAUCACUGCCCUCAUCAGCUUCUUCAUGGACUCCACCGUCCUCAAGCUGAUCGACGCUCACCGCUGGCUCUUCCGGGCCGUCGGGAGCAGUGCCGUGCUGCAGUACCUGUGCUGGACGCUGUACCCCAUCGCUCUCACCACCUUCUCCACCAGCUUCACCCAGAGCCUGUGCCCGCAGUCCGCAGGGUCGGGCGCGCCCGAGGUGAAGACCAUCCUGUCUGGGGUGAUGCUGGAGGGCUACCUCACCUUGACACACCUGGCUGCCAAGGUCGUGGGCAUGACCUGCACCCUGGCCGCCGGCAGCACCAUCUUCCUGGGCAAAGUGGGGCCGUUUGUCCAUGUGUCCUGCAUGGUUGGCAGUUUCUUGGACAGAGUACGCAGCUCCAUCAGAGGCACAUCAGAGAAAGAUCUGCACAGCGACAUGCUGGUGGCUGGAGCUGCGGUGGCCAUGGCCAGCUGCUUUGGAUGCCCCAUCAGCGGCGUGCUGUUCAGCGUGGAGGUGAUGUCAUCACACUAUUCUGUCAGGAACUACUGUCGCGCCUUCUUCGCUGCCGUCUCUGGGGCCGUCAUGUUCCGCCUACUGGCUGUCUUCAGCAGUGAGCAAGUGACUAUAAUGGCGAUGUUCAAGACGAGAUACCAGGUCGAAUUCCCCUUCGACCUACCCGAGAUGUUCUUCUUUGCCAUCCUGGGGCUGCUGUGCGGGGCGAUCUGCUGUGCCUACCUCUUCCUCCACCGCUGGCUGGUCACCUUCACCAGGACCAGUGCCAUCACCAGCAGGAUCUUGGCCACAGAUAAGGCGCUAUACUCCGGGCUGGUGGCGCUCCUCCUGGCCUCCAUGACGUUCCCGCAUGGAAUCGGGCAGUUCAUGGGCUCCCGGAUGAACAUGAGAGAGCUCCUCAACUCCCUGUUUGACGGCCGGCGCUUGGGGGCGCUGUGCUCGAACAGCUCAGUGCCACGGCCAGAGGAGGUGGACCCUGAGUACCUCUGGCUGGAGUGGUGUCACCCCCGUGUCCCUGUCUACGGUACCCUGGGGAUCUUCCUGGUCAUGAAGUUCUGGAUGCUCCUCCUGGCCACCACCAUGCCCAUGCCAGCUGGGUACUUCAUGCCUGUCGUCAUUUAUGGCGCUGCGAUUGGCCGGUUUGUGGGGGAAGUGGUGGCCUACCUGUUUCCUGAGGGGAUGCAGUCAGAGGGGAUCCUGAGCCCUAUAAACCCUGGAGGAUACUCUCUGGCUGGCGCGGCCGCGUUCUCGGGCGCGGUGACGCACACGCUCUCGCCCGCCCUGCUGGUGUUCGAGAUGACCGGGCAGAUUGCCCACGUCCUGCCGGUGGUGUUGGCGACGCUGAUCUCCAACGCCCUCUGUCGCCGCUACCAGCCCUCCUUCUAUGAUGGCAUCAUCAUCCUCAGGAAACUGCCCUACCUGCCCCAGGUGCUCAAGUCACACCCUGAGCUGCGGGCGGUCAGGGUGGAGCAGGCGAUGCGGCUGGAGCCGAAGGCGCUGGCGAGGAGCGGCCGGCUGGCGGAGGUCCGCUCUGCGCUGGCCAGCUGCCAGGACCCGGAGUUCCCCGUGGUGGACACGCACGAAACCCUGGUCCUGCUGGGCUCCGUGUGCCGAUCUGAGCUGGUCCGAUUUCUCCAUCUUCAUGCUGAGGAGCCGGGAUUGGACAGAGAACUAUGGGAAGUGUGUUCCAUUCAGCCAAUCACAUUUCAGCUCUCUAACAAAACCACCAUCCAGCAGGCCCACACUGCCUUCCUGCUGCUGGGCCUCAACCUCCUGUAUGUGACCGAGGGAGGGAGACUGACUGGGCUCAUGUCCAGAGCAGAGAUGAAGAAAGCAAUUGAAGAUAUGGCCACAGGAAAGAUUUCUGCUCAGCCAUGACCACUGGACAGUGGCAGCGGCGGGCCGGGCCAGUCCACCCUCAGGCUCGGCUCCAGACAGGCCCCUAGAGGGACACACAGCUGGCAGAGUCUCCAUCCUCGCCCAGAAAGCUCUGCUCACCCUUGUGCUCACUGCUGUUGGAAACCUGUCCUCACUCCCUGGAACAAUUCUCCGCCAGCAAUGAAGCUUAUCAGACAUGUCGCUGGCAGGGCUGCAUAUCAAUUUCAUGGCAAUUCAGGAUCUUUUACCUCUUAAGGAAGUAGGCUAACAAACUCUUCCAUCUGCUCCCCACUGAUCCUAGAGACAGCAGUCUGGCUCAGUGCGUGGCUCAGGGAAAUUUGCUACGGAGAGGUUGCUGUUAACAAGUGUGGGACCGUCCCCAGCGAUUUCGUUAUCUCCGGCGCUACAGCCUGUCACUGUUAAACUGUCCCCCCGCACCCCUCCUGUCCUUUGACGUGAGCCUCGUUCUCCUGCCUUCAGGAGGACGUGUUCUGCUGCUCUGUGUGGCCUUUCUCUCCCUCUCCGUCACGUCAGAUAACAGCUCUGCCCUGCUGGACCAGCAGCUUCACUUCACUGCGGUCUUUACAUCAUGGCCCUCUCUCUCUCUCUCUCUGACCGUCUGACAUCUAUCACUUCUUCCUUUCCCCUCUCUCUCGCCCUGCUGCCAGUGCAGGAUUAGCAAGCUAAUCUCUCCUUCAGCGGGUCAGACAGACAGAUAUCCCAGCAGCCUCCCAGACCCCUGGCAGAGCCAAUGAGAAAGCACUGCCCCCUGCUGGUGCCCUGAGUCACCGAGGGCACGGCUGCCGUCCAUGAGACUGCAGCAGCUCUCCUGCUGUUCAUCUGCUCGGGGGAAGUGGACUUUGAAGCUCAGAUGCUGUAGUUCUAGGGCACGGUGGGCUGUACUGAUCACGAGCGAUGCUGCAAAUUCAGUUUCAGACAGGCCGUCCUUCCUUACUGAGCCCUGUGAGUUAACGCUGCCACUGCUUGUUAAUAAAGUCCUGAGUUUCCUCCA